AUGGCCGACGCAGACGACUAUCUCCAAGAGGGCUUCGACCCGCGCAGCGUCACCGUCCCGCGACUGCGCUCCAUCCUCGUCACGCACAACGUCGAGUAUCCCGCCACUGCGAAAAAGACCCAGCUAGUCGAGCUCGUUGAGGAGCAUGUCCUACCGCAGGUCCCGAAGCUGCGCGCCCAACGCGCCCGCGCGAAGCGGUCCAGCAUGGGCAUCGUCAAUGCGGGCAGCGCCGAGGACAACGGAUGGGACGAACAUGAAUUGAGGCCGACGCCAGUGUCCAAGCCGCGUCGAUCAGCAUCGCCUCGAAAGGCCUCGGCCAAGGUCAAGCGCGAAGAAGAGCCAGCGCAGACGCCCGUAAAGAGCCAGCCGAAGCGCAGUUCGCGAACCGCCAGCCGCUCAGUGAGCCGACAGUCAUCGCACUAUGAAGAGGAUGAGGCCCCCCAGUAUGAAGCGCCCAGGUCGGCGCGCCGCCCUCAGCCUCCGCGAUCUGCUACACCGAAAAUCAAAGACGAGCCGGAAGUCGAGGAUGACACGCCCAUCUCAUCCCACUACACUGCUACUCCAGAAGAAGAAGAGAGCGUCUUUAGUGAUGACAAUCCAUUCCAGAGGGGCUCUCCCGCCAUCAAGACACCGAGCCGCAGACGACCGGGUUUCGAGGAGAUCCUUAGAAGCGAAAAAGCAGUCACCCGAAGACGUCAGGAUGAGUUCAUUGAGCCUUUGAGCAUUCAACGGCCGUCCACAACUGCGAGAUCCCAGGCACUAUCUUCUUCUAAGAUGAGACACAGAACGCCAGAUUGGUCCAUGGAUGCCGGCGAGGAAUUCACGCCUGAUGCGCAGCUGGAGCUUGAGGAGGCAGCCAGGAGGGGAGAGACCGAGAUUGUGCCCCGGAGGCAUGCAAGGCCCGCCCGCAAGUCAAACCUGAGGACGCCCUUCUUCGUCCUCUUCAUCUCUCUUCUCGGCGUCUACUUGGCCUGGUAUCGACAGGAAAAGAUUGCCGUUGGCUACUGCGGACUCGGCCGACCAGCGACCGAGAUUAUCCCCCCGGAUGUUCCAGUGCCCGAUUUCAUAGUUCCAUUCGUGGAGCCUUCGUGCGAGCCUUGCCCUUUGCACGCCUACUGCUACGAGGACUUUUCCGUUCGCUGCCACAGCGAUUUUGUCCUCAAGCCCCACCCCCUGUCUUUUGGCGGCCUUGUCCCACUUCCACCUACCUGUGAGCCAGACGGCGAAAAGGCGCGCCGAGUCCAGGCAGUUGCUGAUAAGGCCAUUGAGGAGCUGAGGGAACGCCGCGCCAGGUAUGAGUGUGGCGAAUUGGUCGACGAGUCCGGCGCCCAAAUCAGCUCCCCUGCCAUUGCUGAGGAAGAGCUCAAGUCAACUGUGAGCAGGAAGCGUAGCAAGAGGCUGAACAGCGAUGAAUUCGAAGACCUCUGGGUGGCUGCCAUUGGCGAAAUCACCACUCGCGAAGAAGUGAUUGUAGAGAUUGCAACGACUACAUCGUCCGAUCCCUCAGGUCUUUCAAACCGCAAGCUAUCGUCCAGCUCUCUCGCUCGCCUUCCGAUCACCUGUGCGCUCAAGCGCUCCGUCCGCCUCGGGCUGGCAAGAUAUCGAUUCCCAAUUGGAGUUUUAAUGUCCGUCGUGCUGGCGGUGUUCUACUUGCGCGCUCGCUACCGCCAACAUGUCAUGUAUUCGGCGCAAGUCCCGGCUUUAGUCGACCUAGUCUUGGAUCGACUGGCCAAUCAGAAGGAGUUGGGCGCCGAAGAUAUAGAUGAUCCCUGGUUGUUUUUGCCCAAUUUGAGAGAUGAUGUGCUUCGCUCUGUUCAUAAAGUGGCUGAGAGAGAGAGAAUAUGGCAAAGAGUCAAGAAGGUUGUUGAGCAGAACAGCAAUGUUCGUACCGGCCAACGAGAAGGCAGGAGUGGCGAGGUUGGCCGCGCCUGGGAGUGGAUUGGCCCUAUUAAUGGCGAGGGAGCCCGAAGAAGGCGGAUGAGUGGCAGAUGGACUAGAGAUCUGGCUGCUGAUUCACCGGCGCAGGCAGUGGAGAGCAAGAAAUGGGCUGAAGGGAGGCCAAUUUAUUAG